AUGUUUGCAUCAUUUAGCUUAUACGGAGUUAGCCUAUGGAAAACCGGGGGACGCUUGUGGAGCCGACAGUUCGCUGUUCUUCAUGAAGUCCGGGUCAAGCGAACCUUUAUCCACAGAAAAUUUCAACGAACUUAUACGGAGUUAGCCUAUGGAAAACCGGGGGACGCUUGUGGAGCCGACAGUUCGCUGUUCUUCAUGAAGUCCGGGUCAAGCGAACCUUUAUCCACAGAAAAUUUCAACGAAAGUCAAAACAUGCUGUGCUCUGACUUGAACAAAGCUCCAGAGUUUUAUACCCACAUUCCUCCUCAAGUCCGUCUGUUGCUCAAAGCAAUGCGCGCUAGCGCUGCUUUGAUCCGUGAUGAUGAUGCCGAUGCUGCUGCUGAUGAUCUUGAUGAUGAUGAUGAUGAUGAUGAUGAUGAAGAUGAUGAUGCCGAUGCUGCUGCUGAUGAUCUUGAUGAUGAUGAUGAUGAUGAUGAUGAUGAAGAUGAUGAUGCCGAUGCUGCUGCUGAUGAUCUUGAUGAUGAUGAUGAUGAUGAUGAUGAUGAAGAUGAUGAUGCCGAUGCUGCUGCUGAUGAUCUUGAUGAUGAUGAUGAUGAUGAUGAUGAUGAAGAUGAUGAUGCCGAUGCUGCUGCUGAUGAUCUUGAUGAUGAUGAUGAUGAUGAUGAUGAUGAAGAUGAUGAUGCCGAUGCUGCUGCUGAUGAUCUUGAUGAUGAUGAUGAUGAUGAUGAUGAUGAAGAUGAUGAUGCCGAUGCUGCUGCUGAUGAUCUUGAUGAUGAUGAUGAUGAUGAUGAUGAUGAAGAUGAUGAUGCCGAUGCUGCUGCUGAUGAUACCUGGGAUGAUGAGCAGGACUUUCUUCAUCUCCCGCUGUGUCCUCAGCAAUGCUACGUGACACAGUUCAAGCACGUUUCUUGCCUCAUGCUCCAAAAGGAUGAGAACAACUUGAAAUCACUCCAUUUUCUCAUAUCAACGUUGUACCUACCGUUACUCAUGCAACAGAAAAGCUAUUUGGGUGAAUUGCUACCUCAACACAAACGCGAUUUUAUCAAUGACGUGAAAGACUACUUGCACGCCCUGAACUGUUCUGUGGCCUGCUUGGCGGAGAAGAUAACACUGGCCACUUGUCGGGAAAUAAACCUGGGAAGUGCCCGAGACCAUUCAAGAUGCUUGGAACUAUCCCAGAACCUGAGCACACUUGGUACCGUCGAAGAAUGUGCCAGUCGGUGGAUGCAACAGAUCUCUCUGGAACUUCGAGAAGUCAACUUGGUACGUGAAGAGCUGGACACAGACGGGCCACAUACGGAAAUUCAGUUUUGGAAAUGCAGGAUGACCAGGCUCAAUUCGUUGAUAGACCAGCUGAAGAGGCCAGAUAUUGCAAACGUAUCGAAAAUACUCAAACUGGCUCAGUCCAAGACACUGGAAGCCUGGUCAGAACUUGAGAAACAAAUUCAAGUUGCCUACAAGGAGGCAAAGGAAAACUCCAAAUUCUUACAGUCGGUGAAGAAACAUUGUGAUCCUUUAUAUCGAUGCCAGAUUCCAGAAAUGAAGCUCACCGUGUUGAAUCUCAUCAAAUUACUCCGUCUUAUCUGCUCCUAUUCAACGCACUAUCGAGCGUUCACGAACAUGACAAUACUUUUCACGAAGAUCACCAACCAAAUGGUAAAGGGCUGUGUCGACUACCUCACUGAAAAGGGCACAACGUCAAUAUGGGACCAACCUGUGGAAGUAAUUUUGACACGACUGAACGACUGCAUUGCAUUAAACGAAGCUUAUCACGCCGCGUAUCACAAAAUAUCUAGUGAGAGCACAGAAGGCAUAUCAGACAACAAAUUCCGUUAUUCGGAAAUUCAAAUAUUCGGGGCUUUUGACGAAUUCACUGAACGACUGAAUGCACUGAAGUUCAUCCUCAACACUUUUAAGCACUAUUCAAGCAUUGGAAAAUUGGGGCUUGAACGGAGAGAUGUGCUACUUGAUCAGUUGGAUAAAUUGCGAGGAGAUAUCACAAGGAGAAACUAUGACUGCCUAUCGAUCGAUAACACUCGGUUUGCUCGGGACAUGGCUAAUUUCACAGAAGGCGUCAGAAACUUGGAGCAAAACAUUGAACUGGCAUUGACGGAGCUUUUGCAACACGGGGGCUCUGUCUACCUGAGCAUGUUGCGGAUGCUACAGAUGGACUCCACUGAACUCACGUUUCCAGGACAAUUCCAACGAUACAAACGCCUUUUUGCGGCUUUUCGAAACGAGAUGGAGAAUAUUGCUGCCACUUACACGCGCCAAUGCGAGGAUCCGCCGCUGGACCGAGAUAUGCCUCCUUUCGCAGGUACUUUAAACAAUGCUUUUCGUUCAUUUAAUACUGAACAGAAGUCUAUCAAUAUGGUACUCAAUCAUUAUAUCAGCGUCGCCGUUAACGAAAGCCCGAUCCAUGAUAGCCGCGAGGUAGAGGUUGAAGAGAGCGGGGUCAAGAACAAACCUCUGUUCUACGCCAGUCGGAUCGGAUGGGCACGCAUGUUGUACCUACGUCUGUCACAACCGAUGUCACUGUUCUGGAACAAUGUGCCCGCGCUACGAGAUACAAGAGACGGUAUGAAAGCAGUGGGACGCUACAAUCGGUUGGGUGAGGCACUGGUGGCCUACGAAGUUUUGAUCUACCGAAACUGGAAAAGUCAAAUAAAACACCUGAUUCAAGGUACUGAAGCUCCCUUAUUGGUGAUAGUCAAAGAAGAUAAUAACGUCAGUGAGCUGAUCAACUAUGAUGUGAACCUUCGAGCUUUGUUCCGUGAAAUCGUUUGCAUGGACCGGUUCAGUUGUCCAAUUCCUGAUCUGGCUCGGGCAAUGCACUUUCGUUCCCACUUCCUAAAAACCCGAAGGAACAAAUUACAAUACAUGUUAUCACGUGUCAAUUCCAUGUUCAAGCGAAUAACUCCGGAGUUGGAAAAACUGCUAACUGUACGGUUGUACAAAUUUUAUCGUCUCUACUACCGUGGCUUCUAUGAACACGAUUGGUACAGUGCCCUGGCUGAUCAAUGGAUGCAGGAAGUGGAAUCAGAAGUGGACAGCUUGGAAAACCUGUUGACCCGCGCGCAGGAUAUACUAGACAACCAAAUUUUGGCGGUCAUUAACAAAAUCGCAGAAUAUGCCCUAAUCGAACUACCCAAUCCGCCGGACACACAGGACGCCGAUCAGGCCUCCGUGUUGAAUGAGGACGUACUGUUCAAUUCAAACUUUCUUGAACUGCCUUUUGGAGUGCGUGAUCGAACCGGUGGCAUUCAAAGAAGUCCAUGGCCCAGUACUGCCUGGGACGUGUACGAUCUGGUUCGUACGGUUCAUCGACAGACAAGUCAGGGGGCUCAGGCAUUGCAGACUAUGUCUCAAAGUGUUCAAAAUGCUGCUACACGCUAUGUGAAUAUGUUGACCGAAGACUUUCAUGACUACCUACAGCGUUUUGACCAAAAUAUGAGAUCGGAAAAUGAGUUCGACGAGGAUGACGUGGACAAUCAAAUGACAUCUGCAAAUACACGUCGUCGGCUGCUGAGAUUGCCUUUCACAAAUGUGUUAGGCGCAGCCGAAGAAGCCAGAAGAAAAAAACUGUUGGGGAAGAUCCUGACAGCCAUUAACGAACAGAUGCACGUUUUUGGUCAGCGAACUCUGGAUGCUAUUAUCAAGGCGGUUAGAUCAUCUCUGGAAGAAGUAUGGCGAUAUUUUGGCAUGAAAGAGGCUGGUAACCUAUUGAAAGACGUUCCUCUAGGUCGGAGGGUGAACGCAGGUUCUAUCAAACCUCAUCCAAUCGUCCAAUGCGAUGUCUUGUUGAUUGGGGAUCGGAUUGUUCUUCGACCACCACUAGAGGAAAUCCAGACUGCCUUGCGAGCCCUAAACGGAUGUCUAAUAACAUGUACCAAAUUUAUUGGUAAAUGGAUGGACUCAAAACAGUUGCCUGGAUAUCGGUUGACUCCAGAUCUCCGAAGCUUGGUGGCGCGUAUGCCAAGAAUAAACUCGACGUCACGUGCCAAGACGGAGACACUUGGAAUGUCCGAACCCAAAAAGGAGGUUUCUCUAUACGACAGAAGUUCCCUCAUUUUGAUGCAGUCCGCAGCUUCGUUUUUGGAUUCGAAAUCUCGAUCUCGGGAAGACGAAAAAAUAAUAAUAAAUGAUGAUACAAAAAUAAUUACAAUGCCUGCCCGUUCGCGCGCACCACGAGGUCAGCGUUCUCACUCUCCAGGCUCAGCGGGACAAGUGAAGGAAUUGCGUACCGUCACCCAACCACUGGAGAUAUUCGGACUGCUAUGGAAGAUAAGCCCUGCCGCACAUCUGGAUCGAUUUCUAAAUGACUUCGAAAAACCAACAUCAGCCGAGUUUGAAGUCAAAUUCCAAGAACUGCAAGAAUUGGGAUCCAAACUGGACAGACUAUUCUGCUUGUAUAUUGUCGGUCCGUUGGAAGUUCACACGGAAAAUUUCCGUCUUAGUGUACAGAAGCUACUGACGGAGCAUAAAAACAUAUUCGUACAGAAGUUUGUCGAACUGUUUAUUGCACCAAUUCAGCCGGUUGUAAGUCUCCUAGAUGAAUUUGACCGCACAAUUUCUCGGAACAUCACCAACUUCGACGACAUAUUUUGCGCGGUGGAGGCACUGAAGAAAUUCCGGAGUCAGGAGAUCUCCAUGGACAUGACUUUGCUCAAGGCUGAGAUAUUCGUACAGAAGUUUGUCGAACUGUUUAUUGCACCAAUUCAGCCGGUUGUAAGUCUCCUAGAUGAAUUUGACCGCACAAUUUCUCGGAACAUCACCAACUUCGACGACAUAUUUUGCGCGGUGGAGGCACUGAAGAAAUUCCGGAGUCAGGAGAUCUCCAUGGACAUGACUUUGCUCAAGGCUGAGGAAGCACAAGCUAUGCUCAACAAAUACUCACUGGGUCUGUCUCAUGACCAGGCUGAUCGUAUUGAGGCGGCUCGAUGGGCAUUGACAAGACUGACGGACCGGAUGUCGUCCACGGUCGACCAUAUCCUUGAAAUUAUGCCUGCUCGACAAAAAUAUCUGGCCGAAUUGAGUGCGGAAGUGCGGCAGUUGGUCAAGCAAUUUCUCAUUGACUUUCAGCAACGUGGACCUCUAUGCCCUGAUCUGACGCAGUAUGAAGCUGUGGAUAGGCAGCUUAUUUUUAGAAAUGCGUAUGAACAACUUAUGAAGAAGGCGGAGAGCUGUGCACGUGGUGAGCGUCUUGUUGGAUUGACUCCAAUCUCGCUGAUCGGUAUGCGCCAUGUUGGGCACCAGCUGGACUUGCUGCAACAUCUCUACGGGUUAUGCAGCGAGGUUAACCGGAAACUGGAAGCAUGCUUCCUCACUCCUUGGAAGGAUGCAGACUUGCCUCAGCUGCAUGAGGCACUCUUCGAUUUUUUGACAAGGUGUCAAUACUUACCCAAAGCCCUUAAACAUUGGCCAACCUACCUUGAAUUAUCAGUCAAACUGAACGAUUACGUUGGAAAAAUGUCGUUAUUGAAUAUGUUUCGCUCAUCAGCUAUGAAAUCUCGUCACUGGCAACAAAUUGGAUCGUUAGUUGGAAUAGAAAACUUGGAUCCAGAUGUGAACGACGUAACUCUUGGUACGAUGCUGCAUUUACCGAUUGCAUCGAAUGACGCCGGCCUGAGGGAACAGGUUGAAGAGAUAUGCAUUGGAGCUACCCGAGAGAAAGAUAUAGAAACGAGGUUGAACGCAGUGAUCCUGGAAUGGUCACAAAAGGAUUUGGAAUUGGUGCCAUUUAAGAAUCGUGGGAACAUUCUGUUGAAUAGCGACAGAAUGCAAGAACUCAUUCAACAACUUGAAGAGUCCAUGCAAGUAUUGGCAGCCCUUUCGAACAACCUAUACAAUGUGCCUUUUCGUGGAAAUAUCCAACAAUGGGUCUAUCUGCUCAGCACGACUUGUGAAACCUUGGAACUCUGGUUGCAAGUUCAAAGUCUGUGGGUUUAUCUUGAGGCUGUUUUUAUUGGGAGCGACGUAGCGCAGCAGUUGCCACAGGCCGCCAAAAAGUUCUACGUCGUUGACCGGAAUUGGGUUCGCUUGAUGGAACGUGCUCUGGAUGCACAAAACGUCGUCACAUACUGUACCGCCGAUUCAUCGUUGCAAGAUCUGCUACCCAGACUACGUGAUCAACUGGAGUCUUGUCAGCAUUCUCUCUCCAAAUACUUGGAAAGUAAACGGAUGUUGUUUCCUCGGUUUUUCUUUGUGUCUGAUUCAGUUCUGCUUGAGAUUCUUGGACAAGCCUCGGACCCAGGAGCUGUGCAGAAACACUUGAUGGCUGUGUUGGACAACACAAAGUCUCUCACUUUCACUCAGAACAAGCAGUGCCAUAUGAUUUUGAAAGUGCAUUCUGCUGAAGGUCAAGAACUGGAGGUUAGCUUUGUCAAAAGAUGA